CCCUCAAGUGUUGUCUGUUGCUACUAGCGAGAAGUGGAGCUCAGCCCAGCUGGCAGCGUGGCGAGGUGCUGCCAGCCAUCUCGGUGGCUGAACCCCAGCGUACGUACAGGAGCAGAGGAGCAAUCUGCCCAUGGCCUCCCGACAGCUGCUGAUACUGAUGCUGCUUCAGGCAGUUUGGAGAGGUGCUCUGGGAAAAUCUCAUUCGCUGCGCACCCGAGGAAUCAUCGAGUUGGCAGGAGCUAUAUCGUGUGGCACGGGACGAUCUCCCUUGGCAUACAUUGGCUACGGAUGCUACUGUGGACUGGGAGGACAAGGCUGGCCUAAAGAUAGGACAGACUGGUGCUGCCACAGACAUGACUGCUGCUAUGAUAAGGCAGAGAAGGAAGGCUGCAGCCCCAAGUCACAGCGGUACCAGUGGGCAUGUGAACAGAACACUGUGCAGUGUGAUAAUCUGACAGACCGGUGUGAAAAAAUGGUGUGUCUGUGUGACCAAGAAGCUGCCAAGUGUUGGGGAGAAGCUCCAUACAACCCAUACUUCAUUCUCUGGCCAGACUUUUUAUGUGGACAGACUCAUCCCACCUGCCAUUUCAUAUACAGAGGUCCAGAAUAGUCUUCUCGGGACCUUUUUUAACCCUUUGAAUCUGAAGGUGCUGCAAUAAAAUUUUAUCUCUUUUACCAGAGC